CAUCAGGCCUCUUAAUAAGAAUGACAUUAAUGUUAAAGAAAACUUGACAGCAGCUCCACUCACUGUAAAUGAUAAAGAUGCCAGUGUGUCCACUGGUGCAAUAAAACCCAGUGAAAUGUGUGUACAAACCACUGCGGCAUCUGUAUCACCAAAGAAAACAUUAACUGAAACUAAACAUGUAUGUUCUGAUGUGAAAGUACACAAUAUAUCCCAAUGUAUCGGACUGCAAUUUGAAUAAACAAGAAGUCAUUAAUCGCACUCAUUGCACUGGAACCCUUACAACCAAGCAGAAAAGCCCACCAUCAGGACAUGCAGUACAAAGUACCCAGCGUACUGUGCAUACUGGUGUUAAAGUCCUGGGAACUCAGAGCACAAUUCAUCCUGCCACUGGAGCCAAAGUUGCUCCUAACGUCAAACACAAACCUGUGUUAAAAGAAGCAAGCCCCCUAAUGCCUCAUGUAAGCCACGAGUCCAAGCUCAAAGAUUCUCCCCGGGUCAGUGCAGACGUAAAAGCAGAGCCCAUGGUGCGACUCAUACAUUGUCCACCCCAAAAUGAAGGGAAGCUGAAAGAAACUCAGGCCGUAGGUUCUGUAGCAACCCUUACUGUGAAAGACCAAGCUGACACAAAGCCAAAAUGUAUCCCCACAAAAACUUCUACCUUUCCUUCUACCAUUAAGACUCAAACUACUCUGUCUCAACAAACUCUUGAUGCCAAACCCAUAGACGCAUUGCGCAAAAUCAGAGUCUCAGCUCAUAAAGACUCUGAUGCCAAAUCAUUGAGUUCACCUGAGAAUGUAUCAGAUCCUCCACCACUGCUGCCGAAACCAGCCCAUAGAAAGGACAUGAAUCUACAUAACACUGGCAAGAAUGUGUGCUCUCCAACCCAGGAAUCUGAACUCAAAUCUUUAAAGGAAGCCCCUGAGUCGGAAGGGCCCAAACCAGAGCUUCUCAAGGCGACUGACGCACAAGACACUAGAGGCACCAGUCUUCCUCAACAGACUACAUCUGUCAAGAAGGAGCAGGGAGACAGAAAGAAGAGAGAAUCCACUCAAGAGGUAUCACCAAAUGUCCCAAAAAACACUAGAAGAGAGGCACCUAAAACGGCUCCUGUCUCUGCAAAAGAUGCGUCUGAAAAGGACAGUAGCAGAAAUAAACAGAAGGAGUCACCACGUAGUUCGAGCAACAAAAAAUAAGUAGAUUUUCAAAAUGUUACCAGUUGCAAUAUCAUCAUGCCUUUUUUGUUUGAGGACCGAGAAAGCUGUUACGAUAUUGUGCUGAUUCAGGAAGGAUGAGCGUGACUGUAGAUGCAUACAGAUGUAAAGAGGAUGUCUGAAUGUAAGCUACCAUUUGCAAACUCUUUUGUAUCUUUGUUGUAUUUUACUAAAUAGAAUGCGUGAAUAUUAGGUUUUGCUAAAUGCAAAAUGCUUUGUGCAAUCAUUGGCAGGGUCAAGGGGAGAGGCAGCCUUAUCAGAGUUGGGUUGUACUGUAUUUUUGUGCCAUACUAAUUUAAAUUGCACUCUUUAGACUGAAGAAGACCUGGUGCUGCAAGUGCAAAUGCAGUAGUAGAUAACAUGAUUAAGCAGUGAUGACAUUGUUGCUUACAUUAGUUAUAUUGGGGUCUUGCUGUGGUAUGCACAAAUCCUUCACUUGGGUUCUACUCAUCAAAAACCAUAGAAAAGCCUUAUGAAAAUCUGGAAAGUAGAUUUCUGUUAGCCCGCUCUUGUGUAAAACACAUUCCUGCGUACAUAUUUUUAUGCAAUAUCAUGUAAAUAUGAAAACACUGUAAAAAUGGGAUAUGUGGGCAUACUAGUUAUAUUAUAUGUAUAGUUUUGUAGUGUCAUGUUACUAUGCUCAGUAUUACUCAUUGUGCUUGAAAACUCAGUUCAGUUUAGAGUAAGCUAAAAUGAUGUAUCUUGUCACAUACAUCCUUUUUGUUGAGUUUAAACUUGUUAAACUUGAAUUGAGACAAAGAUGAGUGAAGCUAACUGUGUUUUCUGAAAUGUAGCAUUUUAUCUUGAAAUAUUGAAUUUGAAAGAAUGAGGACCAUGAAGAAUGUCAAUAGUUUGAAUGAUGUAAGCCACUAAAAUGCAGUCCUGGCUAAUAAGCCUGUUAGCUGUGUCCUUUGGUCAGUCUUAAAGCCAUGGUUAUGAACAGUGGUACAUUGUAAGAGUUUUGAAGGACUUUGGAGUCAGGCUUUAGUCUUUAUUCAAGUCAUGUGGUAGCUUAUUGCAAACACUUGACAAUAAAAUUUCACCUCAUUAGGCAGGCGUGUCCAAACAUUUCAGUUAAGGACAACUGCUGGAAAAAGGGUCACUAACCUGUGCCACAUAUCACCAGUAUCUAUAUUCUAAUGCCAGGUCAAUCCUUCUAUAGUGCUGAAUAGAUUGGAGAUACUGCUACUAUAUUACUACUACCAUAACACCCUGCAGAUUUAUUAUAACACAAACAUGCGCUUUAAGUAUUUUUUAAACAGCCUAAACUGACGCAGAGAAUCAGACUUUCAAUAAAUGGACAGUAUUGUGCAAUAAGUUGUUUCAAUUUAAGUAGUAAAAUGCAUUCAUUUAUGGACUAGUUUACCUUCAUGGGUUUCUAAAUAACACAGAAACAAAUUGAAUCUUAGUGUAAAGAAUAUGUUUUCUCCCAUAAAUAUGUGAGACAACACAUGCACCUUAAUAUUUGACAAGAUUUUAUCUUCUAUCGUCCUGGAUGCAUAGGAGUUACUAAAUUAGUCAACAAUAACCACUCUUUGUAUCCUGUGAAGACUGAAAUAAUGCUAAUAGCACAUUCAAUGUUUGUUUACAAAAGAAUCAUUGAUGUAUAUUUUGUACAUUGUCGAUUUGCCAAAUUUAUGUUCUAUGUCUCCAAUGAUGUGGUUUUAGUGUGAGACUUGCAAUGUCUUUGAUGUCAGGUUCUUGUGUCUGCUUGUUUCUUAGUUGUUGUUUUUUUUUUUUUCCUUUUUCUGGUAUGAACUUGGCUAUUGUGUGUCUUUUAGAUUAAGUGCAAUAAAAGCCGUUUGGGUCUUGUAUUUUGCUCAAGCUAUUUGGAUGUCAUAAAUGUUCUAUAUUAAAAAAAGAUUUAUUUAUACUUAUAAUGUUACAUAAAAAAUAAAAGGAUGGUAACCCAG